AGCUGUGGGACUUGGCUCAUGGAAAUGAAAUUACUAGUAUUGAAGGCGAUAAACAAUCUCGGUUAGUUCGCUUCAGUCCUGACGGAGUAGUUGUCAUAAUUGGAUGCAAGAACGAUCGCAUUUUUAUCUGGGAUUGGCAGAACUAUGAUGUGCCUAUCAAAUGUAUUAUCUUACCCGCGUUUACGACCAUGGAAACAGCAUGCGACAGGAACAUGAUUUACACGUGCAGUAGAAACAACGAUGUUUGCCAAUUUGAUCUGGGUUCGCUUCAACCAUCAACCAUCAGCCAGGGUCCCAAUCCAACUUGUACUUCCAUGGUUAUAUUACCGGACGGGGAAGCUAUAUUGUCUGGGAUUACUACAUACAGUGUAUUUAUCUAUUGGGAACUUUCAUCCUGGCGUGAAAUCCGAUAUAAUGCAGGUACCAUAGAUUUAAUAUAUGCAGCAUGAGUGACUGUGUACAAGGUACUGUACAUCGCGCCCUGAGGUACACCAACACGAAAGGCGAGUGGUUGUAUAUCUUAUUACAACACAAAUUGGACCGUUGUGUCAGACGUUCGUGUUCUCUGAUAAUCUUAAUCUUAAAGACAUGAAUGAUAGUGGUGAGAAAAUUAACUUAAAGUUUAAUAUGUAAAUCAGUAGGAAUUUGUAUCAGAUAUACGAGCUCCUUCACGGUCAUGAUUUUUUCUCAUAAAUUAUUAAAGAAAUUAAUUACAAGUACUGCUUACAAAUUUUAACUACUAAAAAUUAGUAUAGGUAAUCAUGCGAUGGCGAGUACAACUAGGGAUUAAUAGUACGAGUGAUGUUUGGAAAUUUUUCCAAUUUGGCAAAUUUCCAAACAUCACGAAUACUAUUAAUCCCUAAUUGUACGAGCAACAACGCAUAAUUACUUGUUUAUUAUUAGUAUUACAAAAUUGGAUACUUAUCAAUGUCAACAUCACAUUCUCUCGCCAAAGCCCAGUCCUGCCAUACUUUCAACCAAAAUUUGGUGCAUUUGUUCGUAUUUUAAUUUAGUUCUUUUGUUAAAGCAAAAUUUGGUGCUUUUGUUCGUAUUUUCAUCUAGUUCCUCUAGGGCAAUUUCAUUUCACAUUUGUGUUUAAAAUACGUUUCUACCAUUUUGUUUGUUUUGGGAAAAUCAUUAAUGUAUUGCAGUACAAUUAAUGAAAUAAUUGUACCCCUCUCAACCCAAUCAGCAUCCAGUAAUUUUGUCAUGCUAAUAAUAAAUGUAGAUAUUGACAAAGUUAAACUUUCAUGUCGUUCACAAUGGAAAUCAUGACCGUGAAAGAGCUUGUUUAUCUGCCGAUUUACGUAUUAAACUUUUCUCGUCAAAUAUCUUUCAUACCCAUUUUCCUCAAGACGAAUCACAAGCUCUAUACAGCACUCGCAUUCAUGUUGAAUAAAAUAUAUAACUACGUCGACUCGUGUUGGUUUAUUGCAUAUAACACGGGCGCAUUAUAUUGAGCACGCAUGGUACAGAACAUAUUGAUUGUAGUCCCUAAUUACAAGGGAGUUCCAUUUUCGAGCACUUUAAACUGAAAAUAUUUUACCACCUUCAGAUCAUCCUGAUGAUUCCAUUGUUACUGCAAUUGACAUCACGUCAACUGGUAAACUGGCAUUGUCCGGGAGCAGUUCAGGAACUAUGUCGCUGGUGAACUUGGAGAGCUCUAAUGUCGUUCAGACGUUUGCAAAUGACCAAUCUGGAGUUGGCAUACGCUUGGUUAGCGUAUUAAGAAAUGAUGCAAGUUUUGUAUUUGUCGACGAGGCAAAUAAAGUCGAAUUCAGAAAUUUUGAUGAUGGAGCUGGGUUAGUAUUGGGUCAACCAGCUGCUAAAGUGACCAGCGUUACUCCACUUGGUUUGAACCAUAUCUUGUUUGGCUGCGAAAAUGGAGAACUAUUAUUGCUUGAUUAUUUUGAAGGCAUUAACAAUGAGUAUAAGCAUCAAGCUCACAAUGAAGCUGUCACUCAAGUUAAAAGCCACCCGAGCAAUGAUUUUCUCUACUUUGCAUCUGGAUCUGCCAGUGGGUCUGUGAAACUUUGGUAUGUUACCAAAACUGUGCCGCUAGUGUGGAGCCAAAUGUGGUCACAUGACAACGUACACCCGCAUCCAAUUACCGCCCUAACCUUCGUCCCCCACUCCGAGGAUGUUGUGAGCGGUUCCUAUGGUAACGAGGUAUGUUACGAUAUCGUAUGUUGUACAUGCAAUGAAAAAUCUGGAACAAAUUGUUAUUAUCUUGUAACAAGGUUGAUAAACAGACUCGCAACAGGUUGUUCCAACAAGUCUGAUAUCGUUUGCACGUAAUAACUUGUUACGAACAGCCUGUAUUAAUCUUGUUGGAAGAACUUGUAGCAAGUCGGCUUCUGUCAUCAACCUUGUAACCAGGUGAUAAAAUCUUGUCACAACAACUGCAUGGGAACAAGCAGUGCCAACGCAUCCUGAUAUCGGCUUGACAACAACCUUGUUACAAGUUGUUGUCUGAUCUGCAACAACUUGCGCGUUUUUACAUGUGUAUAACAUGUGCUAUUAAUAAUCUCUAUAACAACUAAUCUUCCCUGACAGGUUCACAGAAUAAACGCUACGGGAAUUGUGCGUACGUACCGGUAUAAAAGUUACGGAAUCACGGCUCUGCGUGUGGUGGGCAACUUACUCGUUGCCGCGUGUAUUCGUGGCUUUAGUGUGGUAAAAUGGAGUUUGACCGAAGGCUUGGUGACUAAGUCAGUCCACGGUGGUGCUGGGAGAGAACAAGUAUCACGUAUUAAUUAUGCUUCUGAUCAUGUGGCCUCCAAAGGUUAAUAAUGAUUUAUAUUAUUACGCAUUGCCUACAAAUAAUUCUUGAUAUUGUGUAAUUAUGACAUCACAUCUGCAGAUAAUAGGUUUCUACAUGUAAAUAUGACGUCA